CAUGUGGCCUUUUUCAUAUGCGUUUGAGACAGAGAGUUGGAUGCAGAAGAUGAAAAUGCCUGGAAGAUUCCUGGUUUCUUUCAAUACAUUCCCACCCUUACUACAUCUCGGCCUGAUGUGGAUGAUAUGCUGUUCUGAAGGCACCUUAAUCUAAGUCAAACCUUCAAGAGAAACGUCUGGCAGGAGAUUGUACACAUAUAAGUCAAAAUGGCCAGCCAACCACCAGAAGAUGCCACAGAGUCACAGGUCUCGGACGAGCUAGAGUGCAAGAUCUGCUAUAACCGGUACAACCUGAAACAGAGGAAACCCAAAGUGCUGGAAUGUUGCCACAGGGUUUGUGCCAAAUGCCUCUACAAGAUCAUUGACUUUGGGGACUCCCCACAAGGGGUCAUCGUGUGUCCCUUCUGUAGGUUUGAGACUUGCCUUCCGGAUGAUGAAGUCAGCAGCCUGCCUGAUGACAAUAACAUCCUUGUGAAUUUGACUUGUGGAAGCAAAGGAAAGAAGUGCCUGCCGGAGAACCCCACUGAGCUGCUGCUGACCCCCAAAAGACUGGCCUCUCUUGUGAGUCCUUCACACACGUCCUCCAACUGCUUGGUCAUAACCAUCAUGGAGGUGCAGCGUGAGAGCUCCCCAUCCCUCAGCUCUACGCCUGUGGUGGAGUUUUAUAGGCCUGCCAGCUUUGACUCUGUUACCACCGUGUCACACAACUGGACUGUAUGGAACUGCACGUCCCUGCUUUUCCAGACAUCAAUCCGGGUGUUGGUUUGGUUGCUAGGUUUGCUCUACUUCAGCUCCUUGCCCUUAGGGAUCUACUUACUGGUAUCUAAGAAAGUCACCCUUGGGGUCGUCUUUGUCAGCCUCGUUCCUUCUAGCCUUGUUAUCCUCAUGGUGUAUGGCUUUUGCCAGUGUGUCUGUCAUGAAUUUUUAGACUGUAUGGCACCUCCCUCUUAA